CUUAGUGGAUUCUAUCAUGGGAGAUUGACAACUUAAGCAGUUGACAACUUAAACAGGAUGCAAUUCUUAUAUCUUUGCAAAAAUAGAUUGAACCAACUAUUUAAACUCAGUAGUAAUCCACUAUAUGUGUUUCCAGGUGAAAUACCCAAAGAGAUGAACAAUCUCGUUGAGUUGGAGGCACUUAAUCUUCAAUAUAAUAGUUUUAGUGGUUCACUUGAUAUGGAGAUCUUCAAAAUAUCAGGGCUGAGAAUAAUUGAUCUUUCAUUCAACAAUCUAUCAGUAAGCCUCCCACCAAACAUAGGUUCUACCUUACCCACCAUUGAAGAGCUUUAUAUGGGGAGCUUAACCUUGUUGGGACUAUUCCUCAUUCCAUCUCCAACUGUUCAAAACAUACUAUUCUUGAGCUUUCUAACAACUAACUCACUGGCUUGAUUCCCAGUUCUCUUGGAUAUUUGACUCAUCUACGGAUACUAAAUUUAGGGGAAAACAAUUUAACCAGUGACUCUUUGUUAAGCUUCCUGACUUAACCAAUUGCAGAAAUUUAACAUUUCUGACUCUAUAUUUGAAUCCUCUAAACGGCAUGCUUCCUGCCUCCGCGGGGAACCUUUCCACAUAUCUUAGAUUAUUUGUCGCCACCAAUUGCAAAAUCAAGGGGAGAAUUCCAGAUGAAGUUGGGAACUUAAGCAGCUUAUUAGACUUUAGACUUUCUGGAAACAACUUCGUUGGAUCGAUUCCCACAACAAUUGGUAACUUGAGAAACCUUCAGCACUUCAACUUGAGCAGCAACAAAUUUACAGGAUUUAUUGGAGAUCAUAUAUGUAAAUAUCAGUAUUUGGGUGAAAUUGACAUAGGUCAAAAUCAACUUUGAGGAUCUCUUCCUAAUUGUUUAGGGAAUAUUACUUCCCUUAGGGAGAUGCAUCUUGGUUCCAACAAAUUUAGUUCAAAUAUACCACCAAGCUUAGGGAAGCUUCACGAUCUAGUGGUUCUUGACAUAUCAUCAUACAACAUGGUAGGUUGUUUACCUCCAGAAAUUGGAAAUCUAAAGGUGGUAACCAAGAUGGAUCUAUCAAUGAAUCAAUUCUCAAAUGAAAUUCCUAGAGAAAUUGGAGGCUUUGGAAAAUCUGGUGCACCUUUCUUUGAGACACAACAAGUUGCAAGGAUCUAUACCUGACUGAAUGAGUAACAUGGUAGGUUUGGAAUUCCUAGACCUUUCUCAUAAUAAUAUAUCUGGAAACAUUCCUAAGUCUUUGGAGGAACUUCAAAAUUUGAAGUAUUUCAAUGUUUCUGUCAACAAAUUGUAUGGGGAAAUACCCUCAGGGGGUCCUUUCAAGAACCUCUCGAGCCAGUUUUUCAUCUACAAUGAAGCAUUGUGUGGUUCUUCAAGAUUUAGUGUCCCGCCAUGCCCCACAUCAUCAAUGCACAAAUCAAAUAGGAAAAAAUUGCUUGUUCUAUUUGUUCUGCUCGCAAUUGCACUAGUAGUUGUUCGAAGCUCCUUUAUUCCUUUAUGGAUAAGGUAUAGAAAAGGUAAAACACCUCCUCAACAAGCAGAUUCAUUAUCUGCCAUAACAAGAUAAAGAAUUUCAUACUAUGAAUUGAUCCUAGAAACUUAUGCACUUAGCGAGAGUAAUCUGAUUGGUUCUGGAAGUUUUGGCUCUGUUUACAAAGGUGUUCUCAGAAGUGGAACUGCCAUAGCAGUUAAAGUGUUCAAUCUGCAACUAGAUGCAGCACUCAAGAGCUUCGAUACGGAAUGUGAAGUUCUGCGCAGCCUUCGCCAUAGGAAUCUCGUAAAAGUCAUUACUAGCUGUUCCAACCUUGAUUUUAAGGUUUUAGUGCUCGAGUAUAUGCCUAAUGGGAGCCUUGAGAAGUAUUUGUAUUCGCACAACUACUUCUUAGAUAUCAUGCAAAGGCUAAGCAUAAUGAUAGAUGUGGCAUGUGCUUUGGAAUAUCUUCACCAUGGGUGCUCGCCGCCUGUGAUCCAGUGUGAUUUGAAGCCUAUUAAUGUCUUACUGGACAAGGAUAUGGUUGCCCACCUAAGAGACUUUGGCAUUUUAAAACUGCUUGGUGAAGAUGAGAGUGAUUUAUACACUAAAACCUUAGCAACAUUGGGUUAUAUUGCGCCAGAUGCCAACUUGGUUCCACCUACAGAUAAUCACUUAUUGAAGAAGUUGGAUUGUGUGGCAUCAAUCAUGAAUGUCACACUAGAUUGCUGUGCUGAAUCUCCAACAAGUCGGACAAGCAUGAAAGAUGUUGUAGGAAUGCUACAAAAGAUCUAAAUUCAACUUCUUGCAUGUUUUGCUGAAAAUGUUUGCUAAAUAAUUGUAUUGAUUAGAAGAAUGUAUUUUUUUUUUGGGGGGGGGCUAUAAAAGGAAUUUUAUGAAUUACCAGGGAAUUAUAUGAAUCACUCCUACACUUCUUUGUUCUUAUGAACGAUCUUGCUGAAGUCCCCUAGUGCAUUCCAGAGUCAACCAUAGUUUCUCUUUGUGAAGACUUAAAGCCCAAAGCAUAGUUUCUCCCAUGCCACCAUAGAAUUCCUUG